AUGGCGGCGGAGGCGCAGCCCCAAAUCGUGGUCGAGGUGGCCGGCCAACCACCUUCGCCGAGACGACCGAGCCGCGCGUUGAAACCGAGCGCGGAAGCUCGCGAAGCCAUGCAAUCGCUCGAGAACGUGGCUACCACGUCGAGGAGAGCGGCGAGCGAGACCACGCGGGCGGUUACGACGCGAGGAGCACGCGCGUCUGGGAUUUUAUAUGGAGCCAACAGCCGGAUCGAGACGGGGAAGUCAGGUAUACAGAUGCUCCUGGAGGCGAUCAACGAACAACGAGACGAAAUGUACCGAAUGAUUACCGAGCAGCGAAACACGAUUGGCGAACUACGCGAGCUUUCUGAAGAACUGAGACAAGCGCGGGAUCAGAUUGAUACCCUUCAACGCCACCCGGUAGCCAUGGCUUCGUCCCAACCAAGCGCAAGAGGGUCAUACGCCGAAGUCGCUCGCACCCCACCAUCAAGCCAGCCAAGCGGUGUGCGCACCCUCUCCUCGCGAAACACGACGCCUUCAUCCUUUACCGACACGUUGUUCUGUACGAUCGAUACAUCUAGGGUGGAGGAGAAAGAGAAGGGAAACGUCCAGGUGGCGGACAUUAGAAAGGCAAUCGAGACAGAGGCCAGGGCACAGGAAAGCAUGGGAGACUGGCGUUGCGCUGCGGUUGUGAAGGAGGCCCGAAACCCGGACCGAGUCAGAGUAAUUUGCAGGGACGAAGGCGAGGUCCAGCUCGUCAAGGAAGCGGCAGUGAAGAUCAGUGUUCCUGGAGUGCGGGUAUUGAGAGACCAGUUGUACCCGGUGAGGGUAGACAAUGCCAACCGAACAGCGGUCCUCGAUGCGGACGGAAACAUCCUGCCGGGAGCCGCAGAGGCGCUAGGGACAGAGAACGACGUCAACAUUGCGAAGAUUGCCUGGCUCAGCAGGAAGGAUACAAGCAAGGCCUACGGCUCGAUGGUUGUCUACGUGACGAAGGGCAGCGAAGCAAGGCGACUUCUAGACGGGCGUUACUUCCAUCUCGCCGGAGAAUCCGCUUACACGACCGUUUUCGCGCCCCGGGAAGGCCCAAUCCAGUGCUACAGAUGCCAGGAGAUCGGCCAUAAGGCCUUCGCCUGCAAAAAGCCGCAAAGAUGCGGAAGGUGUGCGGAACAGGGUCACCACCACAAGACGUGUCAGUCCGUGACGCUUAAGAUCCUUCAGCUCAACGUCCGCAAACGGAGAGAAGUGCAGCAGAGUCUGCUAAACGACGAGGGACUCAAGGACUUCGCAGUGCUGGCCAUCUCCGAACCAUAUGCCAGGCUGAUCGAAGGCUCGGUGACGACGGUCCCAAUGAGUCAUCACAACUGGACGAAGCUUAUACCAACGACAAGACGAGAAACCACGUGGUCCAAUUCGGAGCAUGCUAUGGGUACGAAGCGAUAUAGAGGUCGAGCAAAUUCCAGUGCCGUCGGCAGACCUCACCGCAGCACGCAUUCGGCUCCCAGAUCGGGCAGUGCUGAUGGUGUCAGUAACGCGCCCUGGGCGGAAAUUAGGACUAGGGUGGCAGCAAACCUCGAACGCAUCCCCUGGGACGGCAAUGUCCAGCAGCAGACGGACAGGCUCAUGGCAGCGGUAACCGAGGCGGUCUACGGCCUGACACCUAAAGCCAAACCCUCACCAUACGCCAAGCGGUGGUGGACAACGGACCUGACACGGCUUCGCCAGACAUACACGUUUUGGAGAAACCAGGCGAGAUCUCGACGUAGGAUUGGGCAAACAGCACCAGAGCUCGAACAACGAGCCAGGAUGGCAGCCAAAGAGUACCACGACGCCAUCCGCAGACAGAAGAGUUCGCAUUGGAACGACUUCCUGGCCGAUGACGCUAACAUCUGGCAAGCAACGAAGUAUCUGCAAACCGGCAGCGGCACGAUGGGCGAUAAGAUACCCCCGCUCGUCCGACCCGAUGGCUCCAUCACGGAGGGUAAAGCAGAACAAGCGCAGGAGUUACUCACCGCCUUCUUCCCACCUUUGUCAGCGAGAAUCGAAGACGAGGGCCAACGACCUCAACGGGCGCCGGUACACAUGCCAGACCUAACAAUGGAGGAGAUAGAACAAAAGGUCCUGUCCGCUAAGCCAUGGAAGGCGCCCGGGGAAGACGGUCUACCGGCAAUGGUAUGGAGACAGCUCUGGCCAGUGGUCAAAGACAGGGUGCUCCAUUUAUUCCGGACGUCGCUUCGAGACGGCGACAUCCCCAGCCAGUGGAGGAAUGCCAAGAUCAUCCCAUUGAAGAAGCCAGGGAAGAGCGAAUACACUCUAGCCAAGUCCUGGAGACCCAUCUCGCUGCUCUCCACGCUGGGUAAGAUACUGGAGGCAGUCAUUGCGGAGCGUUUAUCCCAUGCUGUGGAGACCUGCGGCCUUCUACCCGCCAACCACUUCGGAGCCAGGAAGAGACGCUCGACCGAACAGGCUCUCCUUCUGCUUCAGGAACACAUCUACAAAGCAUGGAGAGCUAGGAAGGUGCUCAGUUUGAUCAGCUUCGAUGUCAAGGGCGCAUACAAUGGGGUCUUCAAAGACAGGCUUCUCCAGAGGCUCAAGGCAAGAGGGAUACCUGAACCCCUGGUCAAGUGGAUCGACGCCUUCUGCUCCAAGCGCACAGCGACCAUUGCCGUAAACGGGUUCACAUCUGGACGGCAAGAGCUGCCCCAAGCGGGUCUUCCGCAAGGAUCGCCGCUGUCUCCAGUGUUGUUCCUCUUCUUCAACGCCGACCUAGUGCAGCACAAGAUCGACGCGAACGGAGGCGCAAUUGCCUUCGUGGACGACUACACUGCCUGGGUAACGGGCCCGUCAGCGGAGUCGAACCGCACUGGAAUCCAAGGCUUGGAUUCCAAGCUAUCAUCGACAAAGCCCUUGACUGGGAGAAACGGAGCGCGAUUUUCAGAACAACCGUUCUCGGUCAAAGGCGAAGUGGUCAAACCGAAGGAAAGUGCGAAAAUCCUAGGUGUCGUGAUGGAUCGCGAACUCCGCUACAAGCAGCACAUUGCUAGGACGGCAGCUAAGGGCCUCGCAGCCGCUCUGGCCCUGAAGAGGCUGAAGAUACUUUCCCCGCGGACAGCGAGACAGCUAUUUGUUGCGACAGUAGCCCCGGUCAUGGACUACGCUGCCAAUGUCUGGAUGCAUGCGUGCGGGGAAAAGGCACUGAGCUGGCUGAACAGGGCGCAGAAAAUCGGGGCCCUGGCCAUCACGGGAGCCUUUCGAACCGCGGCAACAGCCGUGGUGGAAGCUGAAGCGAGCAUCUACCCCGUACGAGAACGACACGCCCAGGCGGCAGCCAGUCUGUGGAUCAACAUCCACACGCUGCCCGGAACGCAUCCCCUUGCCAUGAAGAAAGUCCGGAACACCGUACGAUUCGUAUCUCCGCUGCAGAAAAUUGCCCGUGUGGCCGAAGGAGUACGAGUUGACCGGAUGGAGACAAUCCAGGAAUACGCCGUCCCGCCCUGGGCACCUCGCCUACGACCGACGCUCGAAGCCGAUCGAGGGAAGGCGGCCGAGAUGGUCAACAAAAUUUCGGGAAUCGUGAUCGCAACCAGCUCAUCCGUAAAGAAGGGCAUUGUUGGCAUGGGCGGCCUUGCACGGGAUAUUCUCUUCAACAGAACUAGCGAGACUGUGACAAACUAUGCUGUUGUUCUUGGGACAAGGGAAGAGCAGAACCCAUAUACAGCAGAGCUAGCAGCCAUCGCAAUGGCCCUGGAGAAGUUACCGGCUAGCAUCUGCCACAGGCACAUCACCGUGAUCACGAGGAACCAGUCAGCGCUGGCAGCAGUUGGACAGCCGCGGCAGCAAUCCGGCCAAAGCAUCAUACGGCAAAUCUACGACUUGGCCAGGCUGCACCGACAAAGAGGGAACUCGGUCAACUUUCUGUGGAUACCAGCGGAGAUUGACUUCGCACUGGGGUCAGAUGCCAAGGCAGCAGCCCAGAGAGCGUCGAAGCAAGGACGCACACCCGACUCCCAAAUACCCCAGGCCAAGUCUACCGCGAUGAGGCUGGCAAUGGAAAGACAACGGGCGACAAGAGUUCUACCUGUAAGCGUGGGCAAGUUCUCAAAGGCCAUGGACGCAGCACUACCAGGCAAGCACACGCGCCAUCUCUAUGACAAGCUGAAGCGAAGGGAGGCCUGCACGAUGCCAACAACUUUGCAGCAGUCUUCCUCCCCCACCCUCGAUCUCGACUGCGCACCAUCGCGAAGCAGUUCCGAUGAAGAGGGUAACGAGGACGAGAUUGACCGGUACUACAACAUGAAGGUUGGGGGCAACGUCGAUCCGGUUGAAUUGUGGAUCAGUAAUAAGGCUCAGUUCCCAAAGCUGUCUCAGAUGGCCCUUGACGUUCUCGCUAUUCCGGCCAUGGCAGCUGACUGCGAGAGGUCCUUUAGCAUUGCCAAGCUUACUCUGAGCUCCCAGAGGCAUGCAAUGAAGUGGGAGACUAUCGAGAUGCUUCAGAUGCUGAAGAACUAG